AUGGGCAAUAGCUUAAGCUGUGAAGUCCUCAAAGCCAAUCCAAAUCAUGUUCUAAGCAAACCAAGCUCCGAAGGCGUCGUUCGCCGGAUUCUCAUCCUUUCACCGGAGACUGAGCUCAAGAGAGGAAGCAUAUACUUCUUGAUCCCGUCCUCGUCGAUACCGGAUAAGAAAAGGCGGGUGAGGAGAACUGUCGCGGAAAAAGAUCUUGAGAACAAGAAAGUGUUCUCCUCUGACGAGAAAAAUAACAAGUGCGACGAUGAUACGUUAUCAUCGUCGCGAAAGUAUUAUGAGUCUAAGGAGAUGAGAAUCUCGAGGCGAGAUCGCCGGCAUAGCCGGAGUGGGGUGUGGCAGCCUCAUCUUGAAGUAUAA